GGCAGCGCGCACAGUACCGCAGCUGCAACACGCAAAGAGAGGGGGAGCCAAGCUAGGGAAAGGGAUGGGGUUCCUCCUGCUGCUUCACGUCCUCCUGGCCGCCGCCGCGGCGGCGAGGGCCCCGGCGGCGCGGGCGUGGGGCGAGGAGGGCCACUUCAUGACCUGCAAGAUCGCCGAGGGUUUCCUGACGAGCGAGGCGUCGGCGGCGGUGAAGGGGCUCCUGCCGGAGUGGGCCAACGGCGAGCUCGCGGCGGCGUGCUCGUGGCCGGACGCCGUGCGGCGCCAAAUGCCGUGGUCCAGCUCCCUGCACUUCGCCGACACCCCCGGUGACUGCAAGUUCAGCUACGCCAGGGACUGCCACGGCACCAAAGGGGAGAAGGACAUGUGCGUCGUCGGAGGCAUCAACAACUACACCGCCGCGCUCCAAGACCCGUCGAGCCCAUAUAACCGGACGGAGAGCCUGCUGUUCCUGUCGCACUUCCUGGGCGACAUCCACCAGCCCAUGCACUGCGCUCGCAUCGCCGACCUCGGCGGCAACACCAUCGUCGUCCACUGGUACAACACGACCAAGACCAACCUUCACAAGGUGUGGGAUGUGAACGUCAUCGAAACGGCCCUCAACAGGUUCUACAAGGACGACCUGAGCACCAUGAUCAACGCCAUCAAGCUCAACCUUACCAACGAGUGGUGUAAAGAAGAGAACCAGUGGGCGGCGUGCUAUACUCGAACGACGACUUGUGCUGACAAAUAUGCCGAGGAGAGCGCGGAGCUGUCGUGCCCCGCGUACGUGGGCGCUGAGCAAGGAUCCAACUUGGAAGAUGAGUACUUCUUCAAAGCGCUGCCGAUCGUUGAGAAGAGGAUUGCCCAGGGAGGCGUCAGGCUGGGGGCGAUCCUCAACCAGAUCUUCAGUGGGAAGAGCAACAGCAGGAUUCAGAGCAGCUAAGGUCCAUUAGACGAAACUAACGAAGGGGGGUGUGCAAGGGGUUAGCCCGCGUUAUGAAUAAUAAUAGGAUUAUCAUGUUCGUCUGGCCAUGCUGACUUCAUACUGUGUAAGUGAGUUGGUCAGUGGGUACUUUUUGUGAUCAAAACCAGUACUUCCUGAACGUGAUGAAGUAAAUUAAUUAGUGCUA